UCAUCCUUUUGUCUUGUCAGUUAUCUCUUCUUUUCGAACUUUUUUCACUGAUCCAACCUUUGUCUGCUUUCCGAAAGCCUUUCUCUUGCGUUUAAGCUUGAAUCUUUCUUCUUCUCGUGACUUGAUUCUUCUGCUAUUGCUUUUCGGUCAAUCAACAAUGGAUCCAACAAAGCUGAUUUUAUGCAAAGUUCGGGAAAGUAAAGAAGACAUUUUUAACCCUCUGAUCGCAACCGCCACGCAGAUGGGCUGCAUAUUGUUCCUCUCCCAUGUCUUCUACCUCUUCUUGAAGCCAUUGGGCCAACCUGGACCCAUUGCACAAAUUCUGGCUGGAGUUGUGCUGAGUCCAUCGUUACUAUCUCGUAUAACCCGAGUUGAAGAAUUCUUCAUUCAAACGUCUUCAGAAGGUUACUAUUCUGUAUUCUCAUUCUUUUUCAGGGCAAUAAUCAUGUUCUUGAUGGGUUUAGAGGUGGAUAAGUGUUUCGUCAAACGUAACCUGCAUAAAGCUAGGAUCAUUGCGUGUGGAGCUGUCAUGGGAUGCGCCAUUCUUGGUGCAGCCUCCUCCUUCCUGAUCAUGCACGUACUGAGAAUCCAUCAGAAGCAUGUAAUUUUCGCCAUGGUUUUCAUUAUGGUUGUCACCAACUCAGCUUCCCCUCUACUAUUCAGGGUGGUGAUUGAUAUGAAGCUGGACAACUCUAAUGUAGGGAGAUUAGCCAUUUGUGUUUCUUUAAUGAUGGAAAUAUCCUUAGUUCUUUUGUUCACCAUUGUUGAAUUUUUCAUGAAAGAGAAGAGCUUCCAUCUUUUUCUCCUCUUUAGUUUUUCCACCGCGUUACUUGUCAUAGUAAACAGGCAUUUAGUCCCUUGGGUUAAUACAUGGAAUCCCAAGGAAAAGUAUCUGACAAACCCAGAGGUCUUGUGUUUCUGUCUUCCUGUUCUUAUAUUAGCAAUGAGCAAUGAAAAUUUUGGCUUUAGUAACAUCGUUCCUUGUUUCAUCAUAGGCUUGACAUUUCCUAGAGAGGGCAAAGUUGCUAGGACCCUUUUGCGCAAAUUCACCUACCCUGUUUAUGAAUUUAUCCUUCCAAUUUUUUAUGGCUACAUUGGCUUCCAGUUCAAUAUACAAGCCAUCCAACAUAUUAAUCACAUGAUUGCAGUUGUUCUUAUUGUCGUAGUUAGCUUGGGGGCAAAAAUAAUUGGCACUCUAGCUGCUUGCUGCUUCCUUAAGAUUCCCAGGAACGAGGCAUUUUUCCUGGCUUGCAUAUUGAAUUUCAAAGGCAAUGCUGCUUUUCUGCUCAUUGACGUCACCAAAGGCUCCCGUACUUGGUGGGGACCUGAAGUCCGCCACUUGCUUCUUGCAGCAAUGGUGAUCAACACACUUAUCUCUGGCUUCAUAGCUUCUUAUUUGCUGAGAAAAGAGGAGAAGUACUUUGCUCACUCCUUGACCGCACUGGAAUUUCACAGCACAGACAGUGAGCUUCGAUUGCUUGCUUGUGUUUACACCUCUCACCAUGCUUCAGGCGCAAUAAGCCUGAUCUCUGCCUCAAGUGGCUCCAAAGGCACACCCAUAACUCCUCAGUUGGUCCACCUAGUCGAGCUACGCAAGAACCAUAAGGCCAAAUUGAUGUAUCACCAGCUAGAAGAUGGUGAAGAGUUCAGCGAUGAGGAAACUUAUGGUGGGGAUGAUGUUCUGGAGAUUAAUGACUUGAUUGAUGUCUUUACAAAGCAGAGCAAAGUUCUGAUCAGACCUAGCAAGCUUGUGUCACCAUUAACUAACUUGCACCAAGAAAUGUGCAGCAUUGCUGAGAAUUCUCGUGUGUCAAUUUUGUUCCUCCCAUUUCACAAGCACCAGAGGAUUGAUGGGAGAUUGGAGAACAGCAAUGAGGGUAUUAGAACGACAAACCAGAAGGUUCUUCGUCAUGCACCCUGCUCAGUAGGAAUUCUUGUGGACAGAAGACAAAGUGGGUUUCAGAUACCACAUGGGUCUGAAUCAGUGCAGCAAGUAGCAACCUUGUUCUUUGGUGGACCUGAUGAUCGUGAGGCCUUGGCAUUAAGCAAAUGGAUCUCUAUGCACCCUCAAGUUAACUUGACCGUUGUUCGCUUCUUAGCUGCGCCAAUGAACAAACAACAUCUCAUUGAUAAUGCCUCUACCAAGAACCAUGAGAUCCUUAUGUCAAUAUCAACUCAUGAGACUGAAAACGAGAGAGACAACAGUUUCUUGGAGGAUUUUUGUAACAGGUAUGUGGUGUCAGGUGAAGUUGAAUACUUAGAGAAGCAGACAAGUAAUGGAGCUGAAACAUUAGCAGCACUAAAAGACAUGGUAGACAAGUACUCGUUAUUCGUGGUAGGAAAAGGGAAAAGAGAUUCACCGAUUACGACGGGGAUGAAUGACUGGGAAGAAUGCCCUGAGCUAGGAAUCGUUGGGGACCUCUUGGCUUCCUCUGAAUUUCAAAUCAAUGCUUCGAUUUUGGUUAUUCAGAAACAUGUGCAUUUGGACAGAAGCCUUUUGGAUAGUUAGUUCUCAGAAUUCUCAUCUUGUAGUUGCAGAAAAUUACUUAGGAGCUGUUACCAUUUGCACAGAUUAAAUC